UCAGGACGAGCUGUGGAGCCAUGUCCCCAUCCCUGAAUGCUCUCUUCUGUCUUGGACUGUGUCUGGGGCAGGGGCUACAAGCUCAGAUCGGCCCACUCCCCAAGCCCUCCCUCCAGGCCCUGCCCAGUGCCCUUGUGCCCCUGGAGACGCCAGUGACCAUCCGUUGCCGGGGCCCCCCCGGCGUGGACUUGUACCGCCUGGAGAAGCUGAAACCCAGGGACUAUAAGGACGAGGAUGUCCUCUAUAUCUCAGCCAUGAAACGACACAAUGCUGGAGAGUACCGUUGUUCUUACCAGAACGGGAGCCUCUGGUCUCCUGCUAGCGAGCUGCUGGAGCUGGUGGCCACUGGAGUUUAUGAGAAGCCCACGCUCUCAGUCAAGCCCAGACUGGUGGUGUCCCCUGGAGAAGAUGUGACUCUACAGUGUCAGAGCAGAUAUGGUUUUGACCAAUAUGCUCUGUACAAGAAGGGGGACGCUGGCCCCCACAAGAGGCCACAAGAGACGUGGUACCGGGCCAGUUUCCCCAUCAUGGUGACGGCUGCCCACAGUGGGUCCUACCAAUGCUACAGCUUUUCCAGCAAGUCCCCGUACCUGUGGUCAGCUCCCAGUGACCCCCUGGAGCUUGUGGUCACAGGGACCUCUGGGACAUCUAGCUUGUUACCCACAGAAGCACCUUCCUCUGCAACAGGGACCUCUGGGACACCCAGCAGGUCACCCACAGAAGCACCUUCCUCUGCAACAGGGACCUCUGGGACACCCAGCAGGUUACCCACAGAAGCACCUUCCUCUGCAACAGGGACUUCUGGGACACCCAGCAGGUUACCCACAGAAGCACCUUCCUCUGCAACAGAGACUUCUAAGACUACUACCAUUGUUAUAAAGAAUCCAGACCCUACAACUGGUCUCAUCCAUCAGUCCUACAUGAAGGAGAACCUGGCCCGGAUAUGCCUUGGGGCUGUGAUUCUCAUGCUGCUGGUGGGGUUCCUGGUGGAAGACUGGCACAGCCGAAAGAAAUCCCCGCUGUACCGGCUCAGAGCUGUCCAUAGACCGCUCCCACCCCUCCCACCGACCCAGAAAGCACACGGUCGUCAGGAUGGGAGUUGACUGUAGAAGCCACUGUGAGAACCUCAAGACUUGGUUGUAUCCAAGAGAUGAGUCAUGAGAGCAGAGAGGGGACUUAGAGUGUGUGUGGGGUAUGAGGGCAAGAUGGUAGAGGCUACAACUGUGGAAAGGGGGGGUCUUCUUGGUGCUCCAACAAGGAGCUGAUGAGUUGGUGUCUAUUUGGCUUUCUGCUGAACAACUCCCUCUGUUUGGGACGGAAGGAAUUCAGUGGAUGCCAAAGUUUCGUCAUUGAUGUCUACUUAAGGCUCCCUCACUGGUCCAUCAUGUCCCCCCCCCCCCUUUCUUCAACCUUCUCUCAGAUGGGUUCCGGGUGGACUUCUACAUUUGGUCUAAAUCCAUCAAUAAAGACCACC